AUGGGUAUCGCAAUAUUCAACCGUUAUGCUGAUAACAAGGUCUUUACCCCUGUGGCCGGCAAAACCAAUGGGCAUAACACCAACGACCACGAUGAAGCAGUCGAAGUGCCUGUUCUUGUGGUUGGAGGGGGUCCGAGCGGCCUACUACAAGCCUACCUCUUAUCACAGCUGGGUGUAAAGGUUCUGGUUAUCGAACGUUACCCAGAGAGGCUCGGAGCUCCCAAGGCUCAUGCCCUAUGCCCAAGGUCACUCGAGAUAUGCCGCCAGUUUGGUCUAGAUAUCGAUCACAUUAGGCGUCUAGGUACUCAAAGAGACGAUGCAUAUUGGGUCAAUUUCCUCACAACUUUGUCUGGUCAGGCCCUGGGACAGCUUCCAUAUGAGCGCAUGGAUAUGGGAGUUCUUAACUUCACGCCUGAAAUGAUCCACAAUAUUCCUCAGCCAGACUUCGAAGAGUAUCUUGCUGAGAAACUCUCAGAUGAGGAUUUUGUUGAUAUCCGAAAAGGGGUGUCGUUUGUCUCUUUGACGCAAACCACAGACUCGGUCACGACUGUGGUCGAGGAACGCGCGACAGGACAACUCUACAAAGUCAGAUCUAAAUACGUGAUAGCCUGCGAUGGGGCGAAAAGCAAAGUUCGCGACUACGUGGGCAUUGGGAGCGAUGGCGAAGAUUCAUAUGAGACUAUGAUGACUAUUCAUUUCAGUGCCAACCUUCGGAAGGUGGUGGGUGACCGUGUGGGUAUGCUUCACUGGCUAUUCGACCCUAUGGCAUCUGGUUUUAUUAUUGCAUAUGAUCUUUCAGGAAACGCCGUCCUUAUCACCAAUUUCGAUUCCGAUAAGUACCCGGUUGAAUCAUGGAAUGAGGAUCUCUGUCGACAGGUACUCAAGGGAGCGAUUGGUAAAGAUGUGACUUCUAAAGUAUUAAGUUAUCGCCCUUGGAUUCUUAGCCGAAAAGUUGCAAAGUCAUACCGUCAAGGAAACGUAUUCCUUGCGGGAGAUGCUGCUCACUCGUUUCCACCCACAGGCGGUCUAGGGCUCAACUCGGGCCUCGCAGAUGUCCAUAACCUUGCCUUCAAAAUUGCUCACGCCCACCAUGCGGUUGCCAAUGCUAGUAUUCUCGACUCCUAUACCGAGGAGCGCAGACACGUUGCUGAGGUGAACUCACGGCAGAGUGUCAAGAAUGGACAAAAGAUCUUUAGUCUAUUGAAAGCCCUAGGUACGGCAGGCAUAUCUGAUAUCAACGAGGGUCGAAAGAAUCUGCUCAAAACCAUCAACGAUCCGGAGAAGAUGAAGGACGUUGAUGCCGGGGUAGAGGACCAGCGAGAGCAUUUCGAUAACCUCAACUUACAUAUCGGUUAUGUCUACGGCGAUACUCAAACUCCUGGUCAUGCGUCGCACUUCAAGCCUACCUUUCGUCGAGGAGCAAGGUUACCACAUGCGUGGUUACAAGGCUCGCUACCAGCCUCGGUGCCACAGUUGAAGCCAGUCAAUCUUGAAUACGUCAAAGAGUUCAGCGCCGAUGAGAUCAAAGCAAGACAGUACAGCACCCUGGAUCUUUGUGCUCCUGAUGCGUGGACGGUUCUGUUGCCGGCAAACGACAACACGUUAAACGAAGCCAUUUCCUCCAGUAUCAAGAAUCACAGCAACCUUAAGGUCAAUACCCUCAGACUUGGUAAGGAUUUUGAUGUGGUGACAGGAUCUGAAAAACUGGAUUGGUCGAGCGAGUCUGGUUUAUCUCAAGGGCGUGCUUUAUUGAUCCGACCAGAUCAACACAUAUUUGGCUCUUUCAGCACGGAGAUUGAAGCAAAGGAGUUGUGUCGGCAAAUUAGCAAUUUCCUAGGCGCGUAA